AUGCGACAGUGCGAGAGUGAGUGCGAACCCGGCUGGGCACCAUCAUGGUUCAGGAUCCCCUCGAUGGGCGUGACGAAGGCAUUCUUCUUCCUGUUGUUGGCCUCCUUGGCGAGGGGAGAGUCCAAGUUGUCGCUGGUCGUGCCGGUCCGCGGAUGGAACAAGGAGGCCGAGACACCGGAUGUCUGUGUCGGAGCCGGUAACCGGCCCCUCCUGCUUCGUCUGGAUGAGAAGCAGCUUCGUCUCACCGUUCUGGGUCUGGACGACCCGGAGUACCCGUUCAACCUCAUGGCGACGAGCGUCGCUGCGCACGUCGGUGCCACGCACGCAACGAGGCAGGUGUUGCCUGGGUGGCAGGUCAGGAUCGUCGCUGUCUCGGUCUCGUGUGAUCCCACCUGUGCCUCCCUGAGGGCGCUCAAAAGCGCCGAAAGCUCUCAUGGGAUCCUGGGGCCUGUGUGCAGCGACUACGUGAUCGCUCCGGUCGCCCGAUUCACGACGGCCAUCGGCGUCCCCGUCCUCACGCCCGGUGGCCUUUCCGCCGGUCUUUCCCUCAAGCAGCCUCAAUAUCGCCUCCUCACCAGGAUGAUGGGUUCCUACGACGCGUUGGGCGACGUGUUCAACGCCCUCCUCCCGCGAUUCCAUUGGGGCAACCUCGGAAUCGUGUAUUACAAGCACGCAGACUCGGAGCAGAACACUCAGUACUCGUGGAUCGCUCAGGCCAUCCAACAGAGGCUGCACAAGGACGUCGACGUCUAUUACCUCAGAUUCGGGGACCCCGAAGAUGCCGAUUUCUACUCGAAGCUAUUGGAACACCUGAGCACGAAAGCUCGGAUCGUGGUGCUGUGUGCGUCGCCGGAUCGAGUUCGCAGCAUUCUCCUGGCGGCGGAGGAGCUGAAGAUGAUGGAGAAAGGGGAAUACGUCUUCUUCAACGUCGAGCUCUUCCUCAGGUCUGGAUUGGAGUACAAGCCGUGGUUCGACCCCAACGACGAGAAGAACAACGAGAGAGCGAAGCAGGCGUACGAGGCCGUCCUCACCGUCACUGCCCGCACUCCCACGACCCCCGAGUACAAAAACUUCUCCGACAUGGUGAAAAACUUGACCGUGGAGCGUUCGGGGAUGGAGUACGAGGAGGACACGGUGAACACGUUCGUGGCGGCGUUCCACGAUGCCGUCCUUCUCUACGCCCACGCGCUGAACGAAACCCUCAGGGAAGGCGGGGACGUGACCAACGGAUCGGACAUCACCCGUCGCAUGUGGAAUCGCAGCAUCGAAGGCAUCACGGGGACGGUGAGCAUCGACGAGAACGGGGACCGCAAGGCCGACUACUCCCUCCUGGACAUGGACCCAAAAACGGGCGUCUUCCAUGUGGUGGCCAAUUACUUCGGGGUGACGGGGGAGCUGAAGGACGUGGAGGGGAAAUCCAUUCAUUGGGCCGGAGGAAGGGAUUCCCCCCCGCCCGAUACUCCUCAGUGCGGAUUCGAUGGAUCCCUCUGCCCCGACAAAAAUAAGGAAGAGAAUGAUGGAUGGAUAAUGAUGAAUUCUCUUGCAGCUUUCCCGAACUACGCGAUAGUGAUCAUCGUCCUGGGAGCCUUCGUCAUCCUCCUCUGCGUCGCUUCCUUCUUCAUUUAUAGGCAUUAUAAGUUGGAGGCGGAGUUGGCGUCGAUGACGUGGAAGGUGACCUGGUCCGACAUUUUAGACCCGAAUUUCUCGGGAAAUUCGGAGAGGAAAGGGGGCAAACGGACUGGAGGAGGGGGAACCGGAUCCAGACUCAAUACGGUCGCCUGGGAGGAAAUGAACAAGAAUUAUCCUUCCAUCAAAACCGGGAUUUACAAGGGGACGAUCGUGGCGAUAAAGAAGAUCAAGAAGAAUCGGAUCGACAUAACACGUUCUCUCUUACUGGAACUGAAACGAAUGAAGGAUCUGCACCACGACCACCUGGUGAGGUUCAUCGGAGCGUGUGUGGACGCGCCGCACUGUUGCAUCCUCACCGAGUACUGUCCCAAGGGGAGCCUGGAGGACAUCCUCGCGAACGACCAGAUCAAGCUGGAUUGGAUGUUCCGGUACUCGCUCAUGCACGACAUCGUCAAGUCUCCCGAUCCUCCCCAGCUUCCCCACCUCCCCAGCCUCCCCAUCCUCCUCAUCCUUGAUUCAUCGAGCCUCUCCCUCGAUAUCCCCGAAGCGGAAAGCGACGGGCUCGACGCACCCCGCAUGCGAUGGAGCCGGGUUCGCCGUCCCGGUCGCAGUUGCACGAGGGACAGAAGAAGCCGAGCAUCCCCGGGCGGACGGUGCACCCGUCCGGGCACCGCGGGGUGGGGCAUUCCGAGGGCACGCACACCUCUUGGCCUCCCGACACCACCUCGCAUCGAGAUCUCGGCCGACACUGCAUCUGAGUAG